GCUAUCGCUCGAAUCUAGGCUUUCUAUUGGUUGGUUUUUUGUUGAUAGGGCUAGUUCUGACGGCUUGUUUUGUCUUCACACGUCUAGAGCACGGUACAUAUUCUCAACUUGUCUAGUUUGAACUACAACUAUCAUCUGUUCUCAGGGUCCGGAAAGGCCGAUCAUUGUUUUAUUUUGCGAUGCAGCGUUUUUAUGAAUGGUUUUGACAAUGGCUGAAGCUUGUAGACUAUCAAGUCAGUUCAAUAAGGAAAAGAAUACUACUGUGAUCAGUCAAGAUGAAAACUUUUGUAUAUUCAAUGUUUUGUGUGUGUUUGUAUCAUUAAUAACAAUUCUUGCUGAUUUGACCACAGAUAUACUGGUUUUUGCUGAAUAUUGUAAACACGGCUACGUGUAUUGGGCAUUAGCUACCCUUGUUUUCAUUCUUACUCCUAAUAUUUUAAUCAAUGUUUUCUCUAUGAGAUGGUUUAUUAUUGAUAAGAAAAAUAGAUUAAGACAUUGGAUUACUCAUGGGUGCCUUUUUGGUUUAUUAGAAAGAUACGUACUAUUCCUAAGAAAAGUAUUUGCCUGUCAAAAUUUGGAAGCAGUGAAAACACAGAAGUUAAUAACUCAACGAAAUGACUUGAGUUUGUUGCAUUUUUUAUAUAUUUUCACGGGGACUAUACCACAAAUCAUUUUACAGACCUAUGCUAUACUAAUAUUAGAAGAAAACUAUUAUACAAAAGUUUUUGCGUUAACAGCGGCGAAUGCUUCUGUACUUUGGGGAUGUGCGUGUUACAUAUACAGUAUUAUGGCGUUUUCUAAUGAUAGUUUUCAAUGGAUCUCAUAUUUACUUCGACUAACAUGGCAUUUUGGAAUGUUAGUCGCAAGAAUGUCAGGAAUCCUGUUAUUCACUGUAAUUUUUGGCAUUUGGACAUUGCUGCCCUUAGGGUUACAUUGGACUGCAAUGACCUUUUGGAUUAUAAUACAAAACACAACAUUUUGUCCAAACAAAUUAGAAGAAACUUUAUAUAAUGUUGUUAUGGGAUUUGUGUACUGUUUUUGUUACAUAAAUCUCCGAGAAGGCCACACACGAUAUCGCUUGUUGAUGUUUUAUACAUUAAUGGUGACACAAAAUUUUGGAAGUUUAUUUUUAUAUGUCCUAAUUUCUGACCUAGAACGUCAACGAAAAUCUUGGUCCAUAGCGGCUACAGUGUGUAUAAUUGCUGGGACUUUACUUGGCAUGUGUUCAAUGCUCCUGUAUUAUAGAUAUUUCCACUCGAAAGGACCGAUUCCAUGGAAAGCAGAUCAUGAAGAUGUUGAAUUGAAUAACAAAGUUACAGAGAAAAUAUCGCAGAAUAAGAACAACGGUUUAAAGCAUGUUAGGUCUUUCAAGAGUACGCACAAAGAUGAAGUAGUUGAAAUAAGUUCCAGAAGUGGAAACUCUGAAAGUGUAAAACAAAAUGAAAAUGAAACUACUGACAAGAAGUUUUUGUUGGAUCAUUUAAUUGCUAGAUCAGGGUCUCCAACAUUCACAUCUGCGCCAGUAGGAAAUUUAAGCAUGGACGCGUCGAGCAUAGAAUUAUAUACUGUAGAAAAUACGCCUCAAUCUUUAGCUAUACCACCAAAACCUAACAAGAAAAUUACUAUAUGUUCGCCCACGGAAUUAAAUUUAAAGCUAUCUUCAUUAGAAACAUUGGAAAGUUCCAUCGACAAAAUUACUUCAAAUAACAUGAAUAUUCAGAAAAGGCGUGGAAUAUGUUCUUCAGAUGAAUUACGGGAAGACUUUAAUACCUUGAGCCUCGAAGCAUGUAAUGUGAUCAACGAAGCAUUCAGUAAAUCUCUAAAAACUGACCGCAGUUCUGAAAUAAGUCAUGAUACUGAUGGGUCCAAUAAGAAAACUUCAUCCGAUUCCAUUGACAUGGAUUUAGAUUUAAGUUUUAGUGAUAUUAAUAGUUCCGAUAUUAACACUUUCAAUGAAAACAUAGUGCAAAAGUUGUGCUUAAGUGCAUUAAAAAACAUUAAAGUUGGAAAUCAAGACGCAGAUAUCGAAAAUAUUCAAAGAAUUGCUUUGGAUAUACUUAAAGAAAUGUACGCCAAAAAAGACAAAAACAAGAGGAGUGGACAUGCCGGAUCACUAACAUCAAAACGUGAUUUAGACACUCCUACUGAAAUUUUGUCUGUCCAUGAUUAUGAAAAUAUUUGCGCUGUUAACAUUGCAAGAGAAGCGUGGGGAUUAAGAUCUUGGAAUGGAUAUUGUGACAUAGAGAAUUGGCUCCACGAUGGAAGUGUUGUAAGGGAUAGAAGACGUGACACUUUAACUUCAGCUAGUACGGAAGUAAGUAGCUGUGUAUCUCAAGAUUUGAAAAGUGCAAUAUUGUCUGCCCCUCCUUUUCCUAAGAAAGCUCCUACAUAUUCGAAUGUUUUUAUCAAAUUCGAUAAGAGCAAUCAUGAAGAUUAUGUGAAUACAUCAAGUUGCCAUUCAAACGAUGAAACUUUUCUAGCCAAACCCUGCAUGAUCGAUACUGGCAAAGAUCCCAGCCAAUUAGAACCCAUUAUGGAGGAAUUAGAUGAUUUAGGCGACAUAGACCCAGCAAACAAAAAAAGACUGAAUUCGGAAAGUUCACUUGUUGCAACUAUCGAUGAAAUAAGAAAAGCAACGGUUACAAACUCUCCAAGAAAUUUGUAUCAUAGGACGCGUAUGUGGGAUUCUCCUCAGUUUAACGCCUCUGUAAAAAUGGAAUGCAACUUGAAACGCGCUCUUUGGAAGGAGCCAUCUAAGUUUGAUUCCAGCAACAUUAUGGAGUCAUUGCCGGAAAAAGAAAACAUUUUGAAUGUCCAUAGUUCAAAAUUUGCUCCAAGUAAGAAUGAAAUGAAUUUCUUAGAUUCUUCUGGUCCUUUAGAUUUAGAUAACGCUGAAAGUAUCCUAAGCAGCAGUAAGAAUACCAGAAGACGUCUUAAAUCAAACAACAGUGCUGGACGGGCUCAACUGAAAAAGAAUAAUCACCAUAGGUCAGAACAUCAUUUGCAAGAUUUAUCUAACAAAGACAUCGAUUUUUUAUGGCAAUUAGUUUCCGAGAACUCUUUGCCAUUCAGUUCAACUGAGGAUCUUUCAGCAAGUCGAAUAACAUCGUCAUUACAAUCUCUUAUUCAGAAAGAUACAGCUGCUACCAUGGUAAACACGCCAUCCUCUAAAGUGACGAAUAUAAAAAAAACAACUAAGAAUAGACCAAGGCGAAAAUUUUCCCUUCUCAGAGAAAGGUUUGAACCGAAAACAAAUUUACAUUCUGAUGAAGAAAUUUUAUUUCACUGUAGCACUGACAGUAUACUAAAUCAGACUGAUGCUAAUUUACUAAAACUGAAAAAUGAUUUUGAAACAAAAAAUGAUUCGGACGUAGUGCCUCGCCCGCCAGAUACUAACAUAUCACCCUAUAAAAUUAAUAAGAAUUGUGAAUUUUCACCAACCUGUGAUUCUUCACUUUCUAAAAACAUAAAAGAGAAACGAAGUAUUUUUAUGAAGCAAGUCUUAAGCCCACCAAAAUUUAAUACGAAAUUAAGGUAUAAAGUGUAGGUGAUAACUUUCAGUGCAUUUAUAUAUAUAUUGCUAUAUAUCGAAUAUUGCUGGAUUUUGUUCCUCACUCGUCGUCGCCAUAGUCGAGAGAUUUACAGAUAUAAUAGUUAAUAAAUGGUGUUUGGAUUUUAAAAGAACAUAGUACAGUCUUACGACUAUAAUGAAAAAAAAAAAUGUAUUUGAAUAAUUAACCUGUGUAGUGUAGUUUAAGUUACGAAGUCACUGCAUAAUGGAUCUCAUCACCAGAGUAGUCACUAUUUUUUAUAUUGUGAUUAGAUUUUUUUCCAAAAUAUUCAAAAAUGGUUUCCUACCUAAUUUGCAUUUUUGUAUAUUAUAGUUUUACAGCUUUUUAAAAAGACAAUAUCAAGCCAUCUUUUAAGUACUUAUAUCCUAUUAAUUUUAAUGAACAUUAUUUUAUAAGUUCAAGAUUGUAUUUGGAGAUGUCUCAUGUCAUAAUCUGUGAUGUAUAUUGUGCCUUUAUUCAGCCAGUAUCAAUUAGCUCUUAAGUUUUUUGGCGAUAUGAACGUAAUAGUAUAAAUAAAUAAAAUUUUGCUUUU